AUGGCGGACUUUAGGCAAUGGGCUCUUGAAUUUGUUCUGGCAGACAAUGAGGGGCAACAGACAGCGAUAGCCAACAAGGCUGCCAACGAGAUUCAAACUGCGGCGGCCAAUACAAACCCUGUAGCUCGAUGGGUCGAAGCUGUGCAGCCUUGGAUGCCAGGUGGUGGGAAUGAGGCUGAGAAUGAGACACCAGAUUGGACGGCGAGGGCAAAGGCGCUUGAGUUUUUAUCACGGACGUUGGAUUUCUUAAGCAGUGAUAUUCUGAAACCCAGCCAAGUGAAACUAUUGGUCAGCUUCUUCGGAGCCAUGUUCGAGGUCGAUCAUAAAGCUGGAAUUAUGCCCUCUGCAAGUGCUCUAUCUAGGAUAGUCGCCAUGAAGUCCUUCCAGCGGCACAUGGGACACGACAUUAUCCAGAAGGUGUGCUCUCUCAAGGAUGACUUCCCACGCCAAGUAUCCAAGACCAGACUCGAAAUCUACGAGCUCAUACGACUACUCAUGACAACUCCUGGUGUCGCCAGUGACUUGCAGAACACACACGGCUCGUCUGCUGGCUUUAUGCUCGACCUGAUUCAACUGUGCAGAAGUGAAAGAGACCCCGAGUGUUUGAUGGUGUGGUUUGAUAUCUUGAGAUUGUUCAUGUCUGAGUACACAGUCUCUCAAGACGUAUUGGAAGAGGUAUAUGGUGUUUUCAAGCCAUACUUUCCCAUUUCACUCCCUCGAGCAUCUCAGGUUGCAAUCACCCCUGAGGAGCUGAAGCUAGCACUGCGAAAGUGCUUUUCAGCAAACCACUUACUAGCUGAUAAGGUCUUUCCAUUCCUUUUGGGCAAACUGGAUCAGGGUGACGCUGUGACGGUCAAUGUCAAGCUCGAUAUCCUCAAAACUAUGCAAGCUUGUCUUGAUGAGUACAGCCAUCCUCAGAAAGCAAUUGCCCCCUAUGCCAAUCAAAUAUGGGGCAGCUUGAAGUAUGAGGUUCGAAACGGAGAGAUUGAAGAUACCAUCUGGGGCACAUUGGAAGUUCUCAAGUCUCUCACUCGACGACUCACUGGGGAUAGCCUCCGCGACUACACAUUAUCGGUUACCCGAGACUGCGUACCAGAUCUUGCGACAACCAUGUAUGCCUCAUCCGCCGGCCGACUCAUGGUCAGUGUCUUGAGCUCCAAGCCUAGUGCUUUCGUCUUAAUGGCUGCCCCCGUCAUUACACAUAUCAAAGAGAACUUGCGACAUCCAAAGGCACCUGUUCACACCCAGGACCUUCUGAAAGUCUUGCAUGUCAUCCUAGAAACUCGUUUCCUAUUAGUUGACACAAAUAUGGCCGCUGAGGACCGGGAGGAUUUUGCUGCUAUCGACAGUUUCUUCAAGUCUCUGUAUGAAGAUGUCUUCAAGAACCCUGUGAACCUCGGCUCUAAACCGGAUGCCUCUUAUGAUGAUAUCAAGGUUGCUACGCAAGCCGUCCCGGGAGCUGGAGUUUUGGUUUGUCAACGGCCAUCCAAGUCAUUGGAUCUCUCAGAAAAUGGUGCAAGCGACAUUUCUCAGCGACUACUUCCCGAGUCAACUUGCUCAGAAAUCUGCUCAUCCCUCUUUGCCAUUCUCAAGAAGUCGGGUCCCGGGCAUCCUCGAUCAUCUGGGGGCGAUGAACUCAUUAACGAUGCUGCCCAGGCUCUCCAACGGGCUAUUCGGUACUUUCCUCGUGGCUUCAAUGGUCUCGUGGAUGAGAGUUUGAGUAUCAUACGCUCCAGCCAAAAAAAUGGCAAUGUUACCGAUACGGUUGAGACGAUCAAGACUCUUGGAGGUUUGGUUGCAUACCUAGGCUCCUCAGAACUACCUUUCACACCACGCGACGGUUUCGAUCACUUCAUUUACUCUAUCCGCGCAUUCCUGUCAGAACUCUUUGAUUCGCUCGAGUCCAAGUCGAAUCCUGAAAUUUGGUGUGCCCUGGUCGCUACAAUCCAAUCCACGAUUCGAUAUUUCAACGACGCCUGCUUGGCAAAGAAUUCCGGCAAAGAAUUCUCCAUCGAAGACGAGCCCUUACAGAAGAUCGGCUCUACGUACCCUGCGCUGAGUCUGCUUGGCGGGGAGACAGUAGCUGAGUCUUCUCCCGGAUACCAUAGCCGAGUCUCUCAGUCAGCCUCUGUGACCGAGAUAAGAAGCGAGUUCUUACUCAUUACCCUGUUCAUUGCUAGGCAACUCUAUCGCCGAGCAACCAAGGUAAUUGAUACACAUCCUCAGACAGGCAAACAAGCUCUGAGUUUGAGUGAUGACUUCGCCAACGUCGAUGAAGUCUCUGGGCACCAGUACCUUCAUCUUAUAUCCACUCUUGCAGGCUUUGUCAUCCACGAGUUCAGUGAAACUCAACAAACAUCACUCAAGGCCGAGAGUUUUGCCAUUAGCCUCUUCCGUGAUGAGUCGAUUACGGUGCCCAAGACGGCGCCGGAAGCCCAGUCAAGCUUGGAGAAUGGCUCGUCUUGGAGUUGGUUAGCGUCCGAAGCACCAAAUGUUCUAGCUUUUGGUAUACUGCAGGCUUUGCAGCCAUCAGCAGUAUCUCGCCUGUUUGACAUUGGGGUUGCCCAAGAGUUGAUUCUCAGCGGGUUUGCAGCGGACACAAACUUUAGCAGACCAGUAACUCUUUCCAUUUUGACUAUUCUAGCAAACAAAUUCAAAAUUGAGACUGUCCCAAGUCUUAUGACAGCUCUGGAGCAACGAUCCUCAAGUCUAUUACCCGCAUCUACGUCAGAAAAUGACGCCUCUCGCUUGGAGCAAAUCACUUCUAUAUAUGCCCUUGUUGCGGGAAUGGUCAGACGAUAUAGCGGCAAGGAGGCCAAGACACUAUUAGAUGUGGUCAAGGAGUCGCCUAAGAAUCCCAAACUUGGCACUGAACUCGCUCGGCGACUCGAAAUGAUCGUGGCCCCUCAGCAACCGCUUACCAAGGAGUGUUACGCCAUCGUCAAGCCUCUCUGGACCCAGAAGGUCUAUUUCCAACUCGUCGGCCCAAUGUUACAAGCCGCUACUGGAAAGGGAGCAGAGGUCCAGGACCAACACGUCAAGGCGAACUACAGCACCGCCGUGUUGCUCAUGGUUAAGCACAUGAAUUUCCCAAUUUAUGAAGCAGAUGCAGACAGCAUCCUUCGAAUCUCGAUCGCUGUUGCGCAAAACAGUGGCAUUGGCCCUGAAACCAAGGCGGCCCUGGACGUGAUUAAGAAUACACUGGCAGAGGCUCCUGAGAAGGGCAAGGGGCAUAUUCGAAGCAUCAUCAAGAUCUGCAGCAGCGUCUUCUCGCAUAAGCCAUCAUCCGCAUCUGCUGAUGUAGAGACGGAGGGUGCUUGUGGCAAGCUUGCGCUGGAGAUCGUGGGGAGCCUACCACAGACAUACGACUCCCAGCACUUGAUACCACAUGCGCCUCAAGUGCAACGGCAGUUGACAUUGGUUUGUGGACACCGCGUACGAGAGGUGAGAAAGACAGCACGAUUGGCCCGGGCAGCUUGGGCAGAUCUUAAGUAA